GUUCGUCACCAGUUGGCGACCGCUGCCAUUUUGACGUUAACAGGGAAGAGCUGGGAAACUGCGUGUUCGUUGUUCAUCGGCCUUUUUAACAUAUACAUCAUUUCACCAUGGCUAUGCAAGCAGCGAAACGAGCUAAUAUACGAUUACCUCCUGAGGUGAACAGAAUCCUGUAUGUUAGGAACCUUCCUUACAAGAUCACAGCUGAGGAAAUGUAUGAUAUCUUUGGGAAAUAUGGACCAAUACGUCAAAUCAGAACAGGGAACACACCUGAAACAAGAGGAACAGCCUACGUAGUGUAUGAAGACAUCUUUGAUGCCAAGAACGCCUGUGACCACUUGUCAGGCUUCAACGUCUGCAACCGUUACCUGGUGGUUCUCUACUACAAUGCAAACAGAGCUUUCCAGAAGAUGGACACAAAGAAGAAAGAGGAGCAGCUGAAGCUUCUAAAAGAGAAAUACGGCAUCAACACAGACCCUCCAAAGUAGCGUUCUGGGGAACUCCCUGUCCCGCUCCCUUUCCCCAAGUCCAGAAUUUUUCUUUUUCAGUCUGUACAGACCAGACAUGUUGUGUCAGGGCAUUGAGUUGUUGUGCACCAGUCACAAUGAUUGCUGUUUCUCAAAAUUCACUUGUCAGUUUGAUUUUUAGGGCUAUGAUAACAUUUUUUUGUUAUUUUUCUGUCAAAUUGAUUGAUGGAAGAAGCUCUUAAGCAACAAACAAAUUUUACCAGGAUUUAGACAGUGACUGGUCAAAGUAUUCUCCCUGGGUAACACGUUUUAUUGUCUUUUUUUCCAAUCUCAUAUUUCUACAUAGUUAAUUUAAAUCCAACCAUGGCCUGCAGUGUGUGUUCAGUUGAUCAGUUAUGACUUUGUAAUGUUUAAGGUCUCUGUAAAAUAAAUGUUUCUUUUCUAAAAA